CUUUCCAGUCUGCAUUUGUCUGCCGUUCUGCCAAGAGAAGGGCCAGAGAUAACCCGGCUGCUAAAGAAACGCUGUGAGAGGGGAGACACACACCCCUGGCAACUGUUGGACUGUAGGGGCACAGGCUGAACUUUCUCUUGAGAGGGUGGAGAACAGGAUCAGCACAAGUGUCCGUUGAAUGCUGGGCAGGAUAAACAGGCGUUUGUUAUGUCUUUCCAUUUCCAGAGAACCUCUCUCCAGCCCCACAGACACAAAGUGUGGACAGAAGUCCUGUUGCAACUCCUGCUCUUAGUCCGGAGUCAAUCUUGAGCCCUUUGUCCCUAAGGAAACAAUCUUUGUCGUGACAAAUCCCCCACUGGUGCAGCUGGUGACACCUCCAGCAGUGACUGGAGCUGGUGCAGGACCAAGCCAAUGCACACGGCAGGAACGCCAGGCUCAAGGGCUGAGUCCAUGCUGCUGCUCUCCAGUCUGCUGCUGAUCUGCACGGGAACCGCCAGCUUCACCAGCCUUUUCUUUAUCUGCUCUGCAGGACGAUGAAGGUUCUCAAGGCAACAACCCUGGUGCUGCUCCUUGGUAUCUUCUCUUUCGGUGUUUACCACUUGGGCCAACUUGGCAAAGAAAGCCUCUGGAGCACCGCAGCACAGUUACAAGACCUGAGCAAAACCCUGUCCCUGCCAGACCAGCUCCAUAAGCUCCAGGAACAGCUUUACCAUCUGCGCUGGAGCACAAAGGAUGUUGCGGAGCAGGCUCUACAGGAAGGCGUGAAGCAGGCAAAGCUCCCAGGCUUUACCGGAUGGGCUGUUCAGGAGAUCAUCAAUCAAGCCCUGGAGAGUCUGGUGGAAAUCCAGGUCCCGAUGCCGGAUUACGCCCUGAAAUCAGCAGGGGCUGCUGUCAUUCAUUCCAGGACUUCUCCAUCCCUCCGGAAUGCCAAAGCCAAACUCUUCUUCUAUUCCCUGCCAUUGAUGGAUUACAUGAGGUCCCCUGAGCUUAUUCUGGAGCCAGAAAAUUUUCCUGGAAACUGCUGGCCCUUCCCAGGAAGUCAGGGUCACGUGUUCAUCAAGCUCUCUGUGCCAGUCAUUCCAAGAGCAGUCACCAUGGACCAUGUCUCAGGGACAGCGUUCCACGGAGAAAGUAUCUCCGGAGCUCCAAAGGACUUUGCUGUCUACGGCUUCAAGGAAGAACACGAGGAGCAGGGAACGUUCCUGGGACAGUUCACUUUCCUGGCGCCACUGAAUCCCAGUCAGACAUUCCAGCUGAAGAACGAGCUCCCUGGGGUCAUGAAUUACAUCAGGCUGCAAGUGCUGAGCAACUGGGGCCACCCGGACUACACCUGCCUGUAUCGGUUCAGGGUGCACGGUGAUCCGCCCAAAGAUGGGGGAGACACAGCAGUUGCAUCUGUCAAUAAAUUCCAUUAAUGUUCACCCAGCCGAGUUCCCGUCUGCUUUGCCUGUGAUGCUGCCUGGUCCUCCCUGAGCUCACUGGAGCUCCCCGUCCUUCUCUAAACCCACCAGCUUAUGAGAGACUUCAGGAGUCCGCAGCAAGAUUGUCCUAAUUAAAAGAAACAGGAAAACUCAGUCACAAAUCUGCAGAAAGCCUGACAUCCACACUCUUGCUGUGACACAGGAACAUCAGCAAGGCCCUGCCUGGACACCAGAGAUUAAAUUAAUGGGCAGUUUGCCUAUGCAAGAAGCAACUAAGGAUCGACUGAGUGGAACCAUCUGUUGUUACCUGUUUUCACAAGAGGCACGUGCUGCUUCAGCUUCCAUCUUUCAGUCUGUUGCCGAUGAGAAAAUGGAAGUGUGGGUUUUUGUGAGAAGGAAACCUUAACUGGAAAGUG